AGACCGGGAGGCCGAAACGCGUUUAAACUUGGCCACCGCCGCUGCCUGUAGUCGGCGUCUCCAACAUGGCGGCUUCCCAAGAUGUCCACGUCCGGAUCUGUAACCAAGAGAUUGUCAAAUUCGACUUGGAGGUGAAGGCGCUUAUCCAGGAUAUUCGAGAUUGUUCAGGACCAUUAAGUGCACUGACUGAAUUGAACACUAAAGUGAAAGAGAAGUUUCAACAGUUACGACACAGAAUCCAGAUCUUACAUCCUCUUUAUUUAUUUGCAACAAGAUUGUGUGAUGCUAGGAGAAUAAUUGGCCCCAUAGCCUCAGGAUAUGGUGUCCUGUACAUAGAGCUUGAACAGUCGGCUAAAGAGCAAGACAGAGAGUCAGAGAAGCUGGUUCUGCUCCAGGAAGUGGAGAGUCACAAAAAGCAGAUGCUCAGCAAUCAGGCCUCAUGGAGGAAAGCAAACCUCACUUGCAAAAUGGCUAUCGACAAUGUAGAGAAAGCAGAACUUCUCCAGGGAGGAGACCGCUUACGGCAAAGGAAAACCGCCAAAGAGAGCCUGGCCCAGACGUCCAGCAGCAUCACAGAGAACCUCAUGGGGAUCAGCAGGAUGAUGUCCCAGCAGGUCCAGCAGAGCGAGGAAGCCAUACAGACGCUAGCCAAUUCUUCCCGGACAAUCCUGGAUGCCAAUGAAGAAUUCAAGUCCAUGUCCGGGACCAUCCAGCUGGGACGGAAGCUCAUCACAAAAUAUAAUCGCCGAGAACUGACAGACAAGCUUCUCAUUUUCCUUGCCCUGGCCCUUUUUCUUGCUACGGUUCUCUAUAUCAUAAAAAAGCGGCUCUUUCCGUUUUUGUAAGAUCUGAGAGCUGCCGGCUUCUGCCCUUCGUGCUCCAGUGUCAGGAUCCAGUCACGCUCCUGAGCUCCGGCCCCCUCCCCAGUCGGCUCCAACUGCUCAGCAGGCUGGAUGGAGAGUCCCCAGGGCUUUGCAGGUGGCUUCCCUGUAAAGGGUGAGCAGAGCAAGGGGACGGAGACCUGUCAUCAGGACACCUACAGGGACACAAGAACUCUUAAGAACCCUCGCACACUGUGGGUGGCUGCCAGUGGGCACUCAGGCCACCCUCAGGGAUGUAAUAAUCCUGCGCUGGCUCCCUCUCCUGCUGUGGCCUUCACACGCAUCUGCUGGAGGGAAGAGAGCGCGGGGAAGAAGGAUGAUGAAAACUCAUGUCCAUUCCUUGAAUAAACUUGACAGCAUUCAGUAGAGUGAAAUGCAUGUGUUUUUACAAGGUGUCCCCCCAGGAAUCGGCGUGCUUCUGUUUGCUGUCCGGAUCUCUGGGACACGAGCUUAGAUCACUUACUUGUUCAUCCAACAAAGAAGUAGGAAGCCACAGCCUACUAGCAGUGUAUGCUAGGCACAGUGUAUGCUAGACACUGCUGACUGUUACAAAUACAUCGAUAAAGCAGCCGUGGUCCCUCCCCCAAGGAGCAAGAAGAACAAGGUCCCACAAGCGCUAAGGAAGGAGCAUGCCAGCAGCCCCCACUGCAGGUGGCUCACCCGCCAUCCGAAAAGCUGAGGCAGACAACCUCUUUCUGUGCACAGCAGCCUGGCCUGGGGUGUGCAGUGUCUCGGCUGGCCCACGCCUUUCUUUUUGAGGUCCAGAGCUAAAUAUAACCAAGGAGAGUGAGGCUAGUGAUAAGCUGAGGCCUGUCUGGGCCUGAGUUCUGUUGAGGCCAAGGGGGUAGGGCCCAGGAUAGGCCGGGCCAGAGAUGUUAGUGUCUGUGCCAUAGGCCUGGCUAACGUCGGCGCACAUGAAUCCCAGCCUCCCCCACUAUUUAUAGCCCCAGAGGCCCUGGGAGGGGUAAUGUGGACAGAGCGUGGACUUUGAAGCGUGGUUCAAAGACUUGGUUUUGAGUCUUCGCUCUACUACUAAUGGACCACAUGAGCAUGUGCCAAUUACCCCUGCCACUAAGCCUCAAUUUCCCCACCUGUACAGUGGCCACGAUAGUUCAGGUAGAUGCUCGUGGAGUGAACUUGACAAGUCAAAUGAGACCAUAAAGGAGCAGCUUCUGUCUGACUGAGCAGUGGGCUUCCCACGGCGCCACCUCCAGGACCCUGGACCCCCAGGUUUCCCGCAGCAAACAGCAGGGGCCUCAGGGAAAGCUAGUUGUUCAGAUGGGUUUGAGCAGAAGGGGUCAGGUAAGGCCUCAGUUCUGAAGCGCCAGAUCGUCGUGGGACCAAGUUAUAGAGAUUGGCUGCACACCCAGACCAACAGGUUUAAUGAGUAGGUUCUGAGUGAAAGUGUGUGUGUGUGUGUGUGUGUGUGUGUACACACUUCAUACGCGUCAUCCUUAAACAAUUUCUGGCCCCAGAAGACACUCGGUGCAAAUGGGGCACGCAUGUGUCUUAUUUAUAGUCAAAUUAAAGCUGAGAAUAAAGCACAGAUGGGAAAUUCCCGCUCAGAUUCCAGCUGUAAGGGCAGCAGAUGGAUGUUAUCAACUUAGGAUUUUCUCGUCUUAACAUUUUUCUUGACUGCUUCCCGCUAAGUCAACAUCCUCCUUACAAUGUGGAAAUGUGUGGGCUCUGUACUCCCUAAAAAUUCUCCCUUUCACCCUCUACUCCUCUUUACUUGCCUCUUUCUGAAAAUAGUGUUGAAUUUGACCCAUUUGGAAAUGUCAUCGAUAACAUUUAUCUUACAACCCCAGUCAGCCACCAGGUUAAAAGUCGUCCAAGCAGGCUGGCUGUGCAGGAGGCGGCCAUCUCCACGUUCAACCAGGAGGGGGCAGUGUUCACAUUCACUCUAUGGGCUGGCCCAACGUCCGUCUAUAUGAAAUGCUCUUACGGAUUUUUUCUUUAACAGAUACCAGGUUGGUUUUUUUGUGUUUUUUUUUUUAAUGUACAAAACUUAUAUAUCUUGUUUUUGGAAGACGUUUCCUAAAUGACUUUAAUUUUCACUGUUAAACAGUAAGGCAAGCUUGUAUGCUACAUUUUAAGCAGUUGACAGUCAAGGAAUUACAAGUAUAGAGCAGCCUGUCAAGAGCUCUUUCAUUCAGGUCUUGACUCAGCACCUACUUUGUGUCAGGCACUGUGUUUGGGGUACACAGAGAACAAAACAGACUUCCUGUCAUCAUGGAACUUACAGUCUGUGGGGGAAGGGGGCAGAUGAUAAACAAUUAACAUAUAAACAUUCAUUGUGUUAGAAAGUAAGUGGGGGGGGAUGGAGAAGGCUAAUAGGGAUCCGGUAUGUAGGCCGGAGGGGCCUCAUGGACUUGAGGGGACACACACACCCUUAGUGGACAGCCAAGAGAAGGGGGUCCACGCAGGGACCAGCUGGAGCAAGGCCGGCGGGGGACGCAUCUCUGACACUGGGAUUUGUAAUAAGAAAUAUAUAUUCAGUCUUAGUACUGUUCCUGGCACAGAGCCCCUAAACCCUUGGAAUUUUCAGUGAGGAGAGUGAUAAAUAUGUCCCAUGUUAAUGAGACAGCUUUAGGAUCCCACCCCAGGAUGGGAUGCUGUUUUCCUUUCGUUGCAGAACUUGUUUAUAAAAAUUAAUUCCUUGAAAUAUUUGGAUCCUUUUUAAUACUAACUGCAGCAUUUAUACUGUUACUUUUUAAUAUAUUGAAAAAAAGAAAGAAAAACAGCAUGGUGUACAGACAAGCCAGAAUAUAGAGGAGAUGCAGGAAGGCAGAAACUUAACAUCUUACCAAACAAUUCAACUUACCCCAUCACUUUCUGAAUCUCUAGAAAACACACAACUGUAGAGUUUUUGUAGUCACUUGAGCUGUGUUAAUUUUUUGCAUCUUUAAGUUUCAGUUGUAUUCUUUUACCUGCAUGUGUAUAUAACCCUGUUGGGAUACAAAAGGCAACUAUCCUUCAUUUAGGUAAAAAUUUUGGGUCCACAUCGAAAUGUUGUUUGGAGGCUUCACAUUUGGAAUUGAGAUCCUUCAGUUCCACUGUGUUUCUUGCCCUGGUUCUGCGCCACCUCGUAGUUCCUCUUCUACUCUGCAGCCAAGGGUCCUUUCUAGAGAACAAGUCGAAUCAGAUCUGUGGAAGGGGUCUGGUUGCCAGAGAAGCCAACCAUGUGAUUAGAGAGUUGGAACUUUCAGUCCCACCGCCGACCUCUGGGGAAGGGAGAGGGAGCGGAAAUGAGUUCAGUCACCAAUGGCCAGUGAUUGAAUCAGUCAUGCCUUUGUCAGGAAGCCUCCGUAGAAACCCAAAAGGACAAGGUUCAGAGAACUGGGUUGAUGAACACGUGGACAUUCAGGGACAGUGUCAGGAGCGUGAGCUUGGACAUGGACAUUCUA